GUAUGUUCCUACUCAUUUGACACAUUUGGUGAAAUUUUCUUGGCCUCUCUUUAUUAGAAAAAGUGGGACCAGUUAGAAAGCAAAUGAAAUUUUAAUGGAUAGAGCAAACCCAUGUGAGCCUUUGAAGAAGUAGUUCCUUCAUAUCUGCUAUAAAUACACAUAAGAAUGAAGCCAUUCUUAUCCAACGAGUACUCUAUUUUCUAAAUCAAGUUCCAUAUCAAGGAAAACACCGCUCAAACUCGCUCACUCUUCUCUUGUUUCACAUAAAUUUUCGAUAUGGGAAUCCGUCUGCCAUCGAUUCUUCUCAACGCCAAGCAGAUUUUGAAAAUGCAAGCUAUGUCAGCCAGAAAUCAAUCUGAUGUUCCCAAAGGCCAUAUUGCAGUUUACGUGGGAGAGAUUCAAAGGAAGAGAUUUGUCGUCCCUAUAUCAUACUUGAAGCAUCCUUCUUUUGUAGAUCUGCUCAAUAGAUCAGAAGAAGAAUUUGGAUUUUGCCACCCAACGGGCGGCUUGACGAUUCCAUGCCGAGAGGAUGCUUUCAUAAAUCUCACUGCUAAGCUGCACACAUCUUGAAAGUUGAAAGAACAAAAAGAAAAUGUUAUUGACAGUUUUGUCACCUAUAAUUUUAGGAAGUAGAGUAGGAUAAUACUGUACAGUUACUCAGUUGUUUGAGCAAUGGAAGUUAUAUUCUUCUCUUACAAAAA